CCACCGCCACUACAGUUCCUUCUCCUCUUGCUCUUGGGACACCACCGCCGCGCAGAAAGCAGCUGCAUGCGAGCGGACUGCCACAGAGGAGGAGCUUUCGGCCACAGUCUAAGAACACGGAGAGCCCAGGCCUGUGUUUGAAACCUGACAUUGUAAAGACGCUUCCUACUUUUGGAGGAGAGGCUCUUCUUCCAGGUGCCUGCGUGGAUUUGUGUUCCUCUUGAAAAGAAUGGCUGAUGUGUGCACCUGGCCUCUCUCCCCUAGGGCUUAGCAGUGGCCGCCAUGGGUUCUGUGAAUUCCCGAGGUCACAAGGCUGAAGCCCAGGUGGUGAUGAUAGGCCUCGAUUCAGCUGGCAAGACCACGCUCCUGUACAAACUGAAGGGCUACCAGCUGGUGGAGACCCUACCCACUGUUGGUUUCAACGUGGAGCCGCUCAAAGCCCCAGGGCACGUGUCUCUGACAAUCUGGGAUGUCGGGGGGCAGACCCAGCUGAGGGCCAAUUGGAAGGACUACCUGGAAGGCACGGAUGUCCUCGUGUAUGUUCUGGAUAGCACAGAUGAAGCACGCUUGUCCGAGGCAGUGGCUGAGCUCGUGGGAGUCCUGAACGAUCCACACAUGGCCAGUGUCCCUUUCUUGGUGCUGGCCAACAAGCAGGAGGCACCCGGCGCUCUGCCGCUGCUUGGGAUCAGAGACAGGCUGGGCCUGGAGAGAUUCCAGGACCGCAGGUGGGAGCUCCGGGCCUGCAGUGCCCUCACCGGGGCCGGGCUGCCCGAGGCCCUGCAGAGCUUGAGAAGGCUCCUGAAAUCCCGCUGCCACUGUGUUUCCACGUGAGUGCAGGUGCGGCAGGGAGUGGGGAGAGCGAGAAGACUGGGUCCGGGCCGAGCAGCGUGUCUGUGCCCAUACGAACUGAAAGCAGCAGCUGGUCCUUGAGAAUCUGAAACUCAGUUUGUCAAAGAAGUCCUUCCGUGCUUGGACAGGAUAUUUUCUUCUUGGGGCUUAUUGUCACUAGUGUUUAUGCUGAAAACUAACUAUUCUUUGAAUAAUAAUACUCUAAGGGGGAAAAAUGCCUCAACACGCUUCUUUGAAUAACUCAUUACCAAGGGUGAACUGAGCAAUUGUAAUACAACAAUGAAUGGUCGCAUUACAAUUAAGACCUAAAUUCACAGAGGGAAAGGUUUCAAAAUCAGAUUAAAAUAUCAUCUGGACAUCGUCACGA